AUGAAGGGACUGAUUCCGGCGCCGAAAGGGCGAGUACGGACUCCUGUCGGACACAAAUACCUCGAGGCGCUGCAAUCGAAGGUCAAUGGUGACUCCGAUACCUCGAGCUCACCGUCUCCUUCUGCGGAGCAGAAUAACCCAGGGCUGGACCUGCUGAUUCUUGGGUUGACCUCUGGUACCGCCAUGGACGAUAUCGACUUCGCAUUAUGUCGAUUCACGCAAGGCUCGCCCGAGGCACCGCUUUGCCUUGAGAUUGUCCAGUACGAUUCCGUUGUCAUGCCUUCAAAGAUUCGAAGCGAUAUCCUCGCCAUGCUAAGAGAAGAUGCUGCUCCACCGAGUAUGCUAUCCCAGAUGGACGCCGAGAUGGGACACACCUUUGCAAAUGCUAUACACAUCUUCACACACAAGCACGGAAUCGCACUGGACGAUAUCGACAUGAUUGGAUCAGGUGGGCAAUUAAUAACGCUAACUGGCUCUCCUCCACAGGGGCAACAUCGAUCAAACAUGUGCUUGGGAGAGGGGGCAGUUAUCUCGGCCAAGACAGGCGUUACAACGGUCUCGGAUUAUCGAACUGCAGAGCAAGCCGUUGGGAGACAGGGAGCACCAUUGUUCGCAUAUCUCGUGGGCUUACUGCUGCACCAUCCUACACGGCUCCAGAUCUGUAUAACAAUCGGAGGAAUCACAACAGUUUGCUUCAUCCCACCGGAUAACAAAGGGGGAAUUGAUGCUAUGUACGAUUGGGAUACCGGGCCAGGUACCUGCAUGAUCGACUCAGCUUUUCGGCAAUUUGGACUCGAUCCAACGACGGAUCAAGCCUCGUCAUUGCUAUACGGCCAAAUAUGCCAUCCAGUGGUGGAAGAACUAUUGACGAACGACGAGUACUUGAAGACAAGACCGCCCAAAACAACAGCUAGAGAAAUUUUUGGCGAUGCCAUGGCUCACCGGAUUGCGGAAAUGUGUGCAUAUCGAGGCUGCACCCCUGCCGACACCAUCGCCACCCUCACACGCUUCACAUCCGCAAGCAUUGCUCAGCAAAUGCUCGUCUUCGGACCUGGUCGAGAGGCGAUAAACAACGCAGAUAUCAUCGUUGAUGGCCGUGGCAUGUCGAACAUGCAACUCAUCGCAGACCUCCAAAAUGAGUUUCCUGGAGCCACAUUUGGCACGUUCGAGUCGACGGGCGUGCCGUCAAAUGCAAAGAAAGCAGUAGGCUUUGCCAUGCAAGCGAUGGAAGCGAUUCUCGGUCGCGCUCUACCUGUUCCCACGAAUGCAGAUGUAAGGCGGCCGAAUACAAUUACUGGGAAGCUGGCUCCGGGAUUGAGAUGGAGGGAGAUUAUCGAGAAGAGCGUAGCGUUUGGUGGUGCGGGGAGGGGAUGGGAGGGGCUACCCGAGGUGAGGGAGUUGAUUGUGAAGCAGAAGGUAUAG